CCAUCCCCGGAAACAUGAACUCGUCCCAGCUGCCGCUACACCACCUGCCGCCCCAAGCACUGCAGCUGCACCAGAUCCCGCCGGGCCUGCAGCCUCUCGAGGAGCUCUCGCCGCAGGCCAACGAUGCUUUUUUCCAGCACCGAUAUGCGCAGCAGCUACAGGCCCAGGCACAGGCACAAGCUGCCAACCCGCACGCGCUGCACUUCCAUGGCUUGCCACAGACGGCUCAGCCGCCCUUCGAGGGCUUCGCCGGCGGCUAUGCGAGAUUCGACAUAAACGCGCCGAACCCAGCUCCGCCAGCGCCACAGCACCACAUCCAGGCCCCGCCCCCGCCGCCGAGGGUCCAAGCUGCUGCUCACAUACAGCGACCGCCGCCGCAACUACAAGAGCUGGAGCACAGGGGCUCCUUUGUGCAGACUCAGGAACAGCCUGUUGUGCAGGAGCCACCCGCGGACCUGGACGAGGCGCCCGUGCAGAACCAUGGCCAGAUCGAAGGCUUGCGGUUGAUCGCCAACCCGCCAGACCUCGACGCGUGGAGGGAAAAGUUGUUCCACGUGGACGACACUAUCACGCUGACGGAGGAGGAAUUCCAGACCUAUUUUCCGCACGUCGACAAUGUCUACUCGCACCGCUCCACUCAACGCCACAAGCGCCGACGUUUCGUCUCACACUACUGGGACUGCAGGCUCAAGGGGCGACCGCCUGGCACCAAGAAGUCCACCGACCCGGAGAAGAAGAAGCGGAAGCGUGUGGCUCGCGAGCGCGAUCUCUGCGAUGUGAAGAUCAAAAUCACAGAGUACUUCGAUGGCGCUGAGCUUACCGAGCAGACGGGUUUGCAGCCACCUGCUGAGACUCAUACAGCAUUCGGCGCCUCUGGCAGUGGAAGUCAGUUCUUUGGUCAACCCCACGGCGGCAUGUCGUGGCCUGUCACGCCUACUCUGAACGCGAAUGGACAACCCAAAAAGUUCUACACCCUACAACGGGUAAAUGGUAACGGCGGAAACGGAAAAGGCGACGGCGUGGCAGGUCCGCACAAGCACACGCUCGAGGAGAGUGAUCGAGUGAAGAAGAACAGCGUGCAGAGGUGGCUGAUGAAGAAUGAGCGAGAGAAGAAAAAGGCGCAGGGUGGCGAUCCUACCAAGAAGACAUACCACAAGAAGGCGACUGGCAACGCCCUUGUUACUGUUAAGAACCACUCCAAAGAAGAGGAUCUCAAGCUCUUCGGCAGCUGCUUCUGCCCCUUCGUCCAACGCGUUUGGAUCUCCCUCGAGCACAAGAAGAUCCCCUACCAAUACAUAGAAGUAGACCCCUACAAGAAACCGCAGUCCCUGCUCGAUGUCAACCCCCGCGGCCUCGUCCCAGCCCUCCGCCACGGUCCGACAUGGUCCACGCACGAGUCUACAGUCAUAAUGGAGUACCUCGAAGACCUGCAGGCGGGCCCAGCGCUCCUCCCUCCCCACCCGCAAACACGCGCAACGUGCCGUCUCUGGGCUGACCAUGUAAAUCGCCACAUCGUGCCGGAAUUCUACCGCCUCAUCCAGGCGCAGGAGCCGCAGGACCAGGUCAAGCACGCUGAGGAGCUGCGCGAGCAGAUCGGGAAGCUGGUCGAUGCCGCGGAUCCCGAGGGUCCGUUCUUUCUCGGUCAAGACUUUGGCUUUGUCGACGCGCAGAUAGCGCCGUGGGUGGUGCGGCUGCGGAAAGUGCUGGGACCGUACCGCGGGUGGCCGGAGCCGGAGGAGGGGAGUCGGUGGGGCGCGUGGGUCGACGCAAUAGAGCGGGAACCGAGUGUGAGGGCGACGACGAGUGACGACCAGUUGUACUUGGAUAGCUAUGAGCGGUAUGCGGAGAACCGGCCUGGGACGAGCGAGGUCGCGAACGCAGUGAAUGCGGGGCGGGGACUGCCGUAGAGGGAGUUGCGACUGUCUUGGCUGCUAUAGACGAGGGAGGGUGGUCGGAAGCAGAGAAGUCAUGUAGCCCGGCUAGCUACGUACCUAUGUUGGGGCCCCGCCGUACAUAAUGUAUACUGACGUACACUUUUCCACGCCACGUAACUGCAUUUGCAGCUAGAACACUCGGCGUAGACCCGUCUCUCAGUCUACAUCAAGCAGCCUAGACCGACUGUCUAUCUACCAGCCUACGCGUAGCAUGUAGGACACGACAUCAUACUUCUGCCCAUCACAACCACACACUAAUGUAGCUCCCAUCCCCGUGGCAGGACAAAUCACUCUAACAGCGACCCUAAACCGCAAGGAUACUAAGUUGCAGAGAGGAUGCGCAUCCCGGCACAUGUAACGCUGUAUACGUGUGUGCGAGGCGAGGUUGUGCAACCGUAGAG